CGGACGUGGAGACCACAACCUGGUUCACGUUGAACCGGCUCCAAGAACGAGCAAACGACAAGCCCCCGCCCGUCACCUCCAAGCCCACAAUGGCAUACAACGCCCUCGGCCUCCCUCUGGAGUACUGCUCCCCAGCAUAUCGAGACGAACUCGGGAUCAAGAAAAUGACCCCUUCGACCACAACCUCAACCUCACCGUCGUCGAUGUCACCAUCACCAUCACCAUCACCAUCCUCCUCCUCCUCCUCCAAUCCAACACCAAUACCAACACCGACACCACUAUGGACACCCUCCCACCCUGAAAACACACCAAUAUCGAACUACCGCGAACACAUCAACACCAAAUUCUCCGUCUCCCUCACCAACAGCCACGACCUACACACCUGGACCGUCCGCAACCCGCACGCCUUCUGGACCGACCUGUACUCAUACUGCGACAUCAUCCCUGCUCUUCCCCCAGGCACAACGCUCGCAUACGACCCUGCCGCCAGACUCCGCGAUAUUCCUGUUUUCUUCCCCGGCCUUGAGUUGAAUUACGCCGAGAACGUGCUCGUCCCCAACACCAACACCAACACAUCGCGCAAUGGCAACGGCAACGGCAACACCGAUACGGCACGCCGCAACCCUGAAGAAGCGGUCGCCUUGAUCGGUCUGCGCGAGAACCGUCUCGACCAGCCCGAGGAGAUCACUUGGUCGGAGCUGGCCGAGCUCGUGCGCAUGACUCGGUCCGCGAUGGUCAGGCAGGGUUUGUGUCGCGGGGACGUGGUUGCCGCGUUGAUGGCCAACUCGGUCUGGAUUGUCGUGCUGUUUUUGGCCACGGCCUCGAUCGGGGCGAUAUUCACGUCCGUGUCGCCAGAUAUGGGCAUCCAAGGCUGCACCACGCGCUUUGCCCAAGUCUCACCGAGACUGCUCUUCGCCGACAUCGACCUCGCUGUCCGCGGCGUGCGGAGAUCAAUGCUCGGCAAAGUCCAGAACAUCUUACAAUCUCUCGACGCCAAUACUUCUUCAACAUCCGCCCCCAGCUUGGUAAGACCGCGAGUGGUCUUCGUCCCAACCUGCCACCGACCCCAUCGUGCCGCCAACAUCGAGUACAUCCGUCCUCUCGGCGGCGAGUCCGAGUCCGAGUCCGAGUCCUUGCACUCCUUCCUGCGCGCCUCGCAACCGUCCGAUGCCAUGACAUACACCCGCGUGCCGACCAACCACCCUCUGGUCAUAGUCUACAGCUCCGGCACGACGGGCGAACCGAAAUGCAUCGCCUCCCCACACAUGAGUAUCCUCAACUACAAGAAGAUCGCACUUUUGCACAACUCCCUCACCCCGGACGACACAGUCUUCCAGUACUCCUCAACAAGCUGGAUCCUGUGGAACGUGAUGAACGGGCACCUGUCCGUAGGCGCACGGGUGAUCUGCUACGACGGUGGAGCCCUCUACCCAAACCCGUCCACGUUGCUCAGCAUCUGUUCCAAAUACAAAGCCACCUACUGGGGCACAUCGCCGCGCUACCUGUUGGAACUCGAACAGUCCGGUAUCAAGCCGUCGGAUUACGACCUGACAUCUCUAAAGCUCGUCACGACGACCGGCGCGACACUGACGGGCGAACAAUUCACCUGGUUUUACUCUAGUCAUGCCUUUUCAAGACGGAUCCAUUUGUCCAGCGUAGCAGGGGGCACCGAGAUUGCGAGCUCUUGGAUCGCCACGGACCCCGCCGGCCCCGUGUAUGCGAACGAGAUGCAGAUGUGGGCUCUCGGACAUGACUGUGACAUUCUGGACACCGAAAGUGAGACAGGCGAGUCAAUCGCCCUGACGGGCCGGCCGGGAGAAUUGGUCUGCAGGGCCCCGUUCCCGAGCAUGCCAUGCCGCUUCUGGGGAGACGACAAAGACAAUAGAAAAUACCGUGCGGCGUAUUUUGAGAAAUUCCCAAUCCCGUCAACAGCAACAGCAACAGGCUCGCCAGGCUACCUCGACGUGUGGGCGCAACACGACUUCAUCACGAUGAACCCGCUCACAAAAGGCGUGCAGAUCUUGGGCCGAUCCGAUGGCGUGCUGAACCCCAGUGGGAUACGUUUCGGAAGUAGCGAGAUUUAUAACAUCGUCGAAGGGCCUGCCUUCAACAGCGAGUUAGCAGACACCCUGUGUGUCGGCCGCCGGCGUCAAGGAGACCAGGACGAAACGGUCUUUUUGUUUGUGGUCAUGGCGCCAGGUCAAGGCGAUAAAUUUGGUGAGGAUCUAGUCAGGAGGAUCAAGGAGAGUAUAGCCACGGGCCUGAGUCCACGGCACGUGCCCAAGUUUGUGGAACGAGUGAGCGAGAUCCCGUACACGGUCAAUGGGAAGAAGGUUGAGAUCGCGGUGAAGAAGGUGAUUAGUGGGCAGGAGGUCAGGGUGAGUAGUACGGUGGUGAACCCGGGGUGUCUGAAGGAGUAUGAGAGGUAUGUCAGGCUUGAGAGGGAGGCCACGAAGAGAAAAAGUAGAUUGUAAGGAAAUGUGGUGGGAGCGCGGGUG